GCAUUAAACUUAAGAGGAAGAAGAUUAGUUUCACCGCGCUCUCUGUUGUUUUGUCAUGAUGCUGGUUUAAUACAAACUGUUAGAAAAUUUAGUUUCUGUGAGUACAAAAAUACAGUUUUUGAAUCAGGUCAGUAAAUCAGUAACCUUGUGUAAUAUUCUCAUCCUCACAGUUUUGAAGCAAGCAGGAAUAUCUGGAGGAGUAUCAUCUGAACUGAGAUCUGCUGCUGUGAAGAUGGUGUUUGUUAAAGAGGAGAGUGAAGAGAACACGAGUGAACCAGAAACCUGGAGAAUAAAACACGAGGAACCAGAAACCUGGAGAAUAAAACACGAGGAACCAGAAACCUGGAGAAUAAAACACGAGGAACCAGACACAUGGAGAAUAAAACACGAGGAACCAGACACAUGGAGAAUAAAACACGAGGAACAAGGAGGCCUGAAGAAAAUGAAAGAAGAAAGAAGACGAGAUCUGAAUGAGGUGGAGGAGAAAUAUCAGGAUCACAAAGAUCAUGACGUCAAUGGAGAAAAAUCAUUGAGUUGCAGCAUUCAAAUAACAGACGUCAAAAAGCCUUUCAGCUGCUCUCAGUGUGGAAACACUUACAAACAUAAAAGAAACCUUAUGAAACACAUGAGAAUGCAUAGUGAGGAAAAGAGUUUUACACAGAAAGGACAGCUUAAGGAUCAUUUGGUAAGUCAUUCUUCAGAAAAGCCUUUUACCUGCUUUCAGUGUGGAAAGUCUUUCACACAUAAAGGAACCUUUAUGAAACACAUGAGAAUCCAUACUGGGGAAAAGCCUUUCAGCUGCUCUCAGUGUGGAAACACUUUCACGUGUAACAAAAACCUUAAGGAUCACAUGUUAAUUCAUGCUGGGAUAAAGCCUUUCAGCUGCUCUCAGUGUGGAAAGAGUUUUACGCAGAAAGGACACCUUGAGAAUCAUUUGGUAACUCACACUUCAGAAAAGCCUUUCACCUGCUCUCAGUGUGGAAACACUUUCACACGUAAAGCAAACCUUAAGAAACACAUGUUAAUUCAUGCUGGAAUCAAGCCUUUUACCUGCUCCCAGUGUGGAAAGAGUUUUGUAUGUAAAGAAAUCCUGAGGAAUCACAUGUUAAUUCAUACUGGGACAAGGCCGUUCAGCUGCUCUCAGUGUGAAAAGACUUUUACACAGAAAGGACACUUUAAUGAGCAUUUGUUAACUCACUCUUCAGAAAACCCUUUCACUUGCUCUCACUGUGGAAAGUCUUUCACAUGUAAAGGAUACCUUAAGACUCACAUGUUAAUUCAUGCAGAAAUAAAGCCUUUCAGCUGCUCUCAGUGUGGAAAGAGUUUCAUAUGUAAAGGAAUCCUGAGGAAUCACAUGCUAAUUCAUACUGGGUUAAGGCCUUUCAGCUGCUCUCAGUGUGGAAAGACUUUUACACAGAAAGGACACCUUAAGGUUCACGCUGCCAAAACACAUUUAUGUUCAAACAACAUGUAAAAGUGAUUUUUUGCAUCUGAUGACUGAAACUUGUGUGCUGUGUAGGGGUAGAUAUUGUUAAGGUUUUAAAGGUAUUACUGCUCUUACUGUCAAUGCUGACCCAUCUGAUAUUUUAACAGUAUUCCUGUUGGUUCUUUUUGUUAUUUAAAAUUUCUCAGUCCCUUUGGCCCAAUUUGUAGGAUGUGAACUUUUUUCUCAAAACUAAUAAACUAUGAAAUAUGUUAAGCUCUCUGAACAAUUAGUGUCUUGUUCACACCAGAUUUGAAUUUCUUAUUAAUUUAAGCAAACUGCUGGUGUUCUAGCAUGUAUGCAAAAGGUUAAGCAUUACAGUUUCCACCAUAACUAAAUGAACAUGGCUUCUUGAUUCUCAGACAAAUUACAUAUAUUUUUGUUUUCAUCAUGUGAGUCUUCUCAUACAAAAUGAUCCAAAAUCUGUCAAAUGUACUUGUAGCAAUAUUUUUCCCUCUCUCUUUGAUUGAUGUCAUUUUAUGGCAAUUUUCUGUUUACUAUAUGUGUCUCUUCAUGAAAUAAAUAUGUAAAAUAGACACGCAAAUGACUUUUCUGUUUGCAUGCAACACACUACCACACAAAUAAAUGUACUGUAUGAA